UCUCUUCCUCUCUGCAGCCUCAGGAGUGCCCACCUGACCAGGCGGUUGGGUCUCUCUCUCACAGGGUCUGGGAGCAGAGAGCUGCUCAUGUUCAACAUCUUUAGUCAUAAGGGAAAUGCAAAUCAAAACAACCCUGAGAUUCCACCUCACACCAAUCAGAAUGGCUAAGAUCAAAAACUCAGGUGACAGCAAAUGCUGGUGAGGAUGUGGAGAAAGAGGAACACUCCUCCAUUGUUGGUGGGAUUGCAGACUGGUACAACCAUUCUGGAAAUCAGUCUGGAGGUUCCUCAGAAAAUUGGACAUAGUACAACCUGAGACCCAGUUAUACCUCUCUUGGGCAUAUACCCAAAAGAUGCCCCAACAUAUAAAAAAGACACAUGCUCCACUAUGUUCAUAGCAGCCUUAUUUAUAAUAGCCAGAAGCUGGAAAGAACCCAGAUGCCCUUCAACAGAGGAAUGGAUACAGAAAGUGUGGUACAUCUACACAAUGGAGUACUACUCAGCUAUGAAAAACAGUGAAGAUGAACAGGCAAAUGGAUGGAAUGAGAAAAUAUCAUCCCCCACCCCCACCCCCGUCUGACAUUGGUGUCUUUGCAAAGGAUCACAUUGAAGUAGCGCUGCUCCAGGACAGUCUUUAGAAGUCAGGAUGGCUGAAGAAAUCAAGAUUAAAAUCAAGAACUACAAAACUGCCCCCUUUGACAGCCGCUUUCCAAACCAGAACCAGACUAAGAACUGCUGGCAGAACUACCUGGACUUCCGCCACUGUGAGAAGGCAAUGACAGCAAAGGGUGGUGACGUCUCCGUGUGUGAGUGGUACCGGCGAGUGUACAAGUCCCUCUGCCCUGUCUCAUGGGUCUCAGCCUGGGAUGACCGCAUAGCAGAAGGCACAUUUCCUGGGAAGAUCAGACCUGGCUCUGCCCACCUCUCCUAUGCUCUUUGACCUUCUCCCCGAUAGAAAAGGGGGACCUCAGUAUAUGAUGGUCCCUACGCUGGGACCCUGAAUCAUGAUGCAACUACUAAUAAAAACUCACUGGAAAGGUUUCAAAAAAAAAAGAAAGAAAGAAAAGAAA